GAGGAGGUGGCAUGUGGAGAGGGGUGGAGAAAUUUUUAGGGUCCGCGCAAAGUAGGAAAGAUGAGACGAGCUGGAUUAUUAUUCGUUGGAUUUCCCCAUGAUUAUGAAAACUUAAUUUUGCAAAUGCACAUCUCGGAUGCACUUGUGCCGCUGGAGGGACAGCUGCAGAGAAUUCUCCUUGGUAACGAAGGGUCCCCAGGGCGAGAUCCGAAGGCCGACACCAUCUAAGAGCUGUUUCUAAAUUUUAAUUUUAGUUGGUCGUGAGAAUUAAUCGCAUGGACUUUUGAAAAUUAUGGUGAUGUGAGUUCAUUUGACACCACUAGGUCCCACGCAUCAGAUGCUUGCACUAGCCCUAAUUAGGGGUGUGUCUCAGAUCCUCCUGAAACUCCGUCCUGAAGGGGAACCCUUGCCGCAAUGGCACGCUCCCAAGUCUCAUGUGACAGUAAUCGGGCAAGUGAUCCCCGACACUAGGUGGAGUCCCUGGCGCUAUGCGCAAAUUCGUUGAUUUCUUUGCGUUAUGUGGGUGCCCAAUAGGGGCAAGCGCCUGCUGUGCGGAGUGGCGUACGAGAUGGAGCACAAAAUUGCAGCUCUGCGGUCGCAGUUAGCGGAUCUAGGGCAGGAGCAUGUUUUGGCGGGGCUUUCUUCAGGGGACUCCUCUCAACGGCAAUCUCUGGUUGAUCAGGUCUCCAGCAUCGAUCUUCCUCUCUUCCGCCGUGCCCUCGCCGAUGUGGUUAGAACUCUCAAAGGCAAUAAAAACCGAUUGGAUAAACAGCCUAUUCCUCCAAAACCUUUUCCACAAGCGAAGUGGGAGGGUUUGCAUGAAUGGAUCAGCAGCUCGGGGGACACUUCGAAUGAGAAAGACGACACUGCAAGAUGGUGGAGUGAGGGAUUGCGGCUUGUAGCUGAUGGCGAAGUGGCAGUUCUGGUUUUGGCUGGAGGACAAGGGACUCGUCUUGGCCCUGGUGCACCGGUGGCGAAGGGCAUGCUGGAGCUCAGCGUUCCAGAGCCUAAGUCGUUAUUUCAGCUUCAAGCCGAGCGUUUGCUUCUCGUAGAAGAGCUUGCUGCCUUUGUUACGGAUGACACCAUCAAGCGUCGAAUUCCUUGGCUAGUCAUGACCAGUGAUGCCACGGAUUUAGCUACGCGGACUUUUUUUGAGGAGAAGAACUUCUUUGGGCUUGAGAAGUCGCAGGUUUGGUUUCUGAAGCAGAGUAGUCUUCCAUGUGUGGAUCUCGAUGAAGGCCAUGCCAUGCUCAUGGAGGCACCAUGGAAGGUGGCCAUGGCUCCAGCUGGAAAUGGGGCUCUUUUUUCUGAUCUCCGCACAGCUGGCUUCAUCAAGAAGUUAUCCAGCCAAGGGGUGAAAUAUGUGCAGGUGUACGCAGUUGAUAACGCUUUGGUAAGAGUUGCAGAUCCAGUGUUCUAUGGUUUUAUCCAUCGGCGUCAAGCAGAAGUGGGUGUGAAGGUGGUCUCCAAGAUCCACGCGAAAGAGUCAGUUGGGGUGGUUUGCCUUCAUCAGGAAGGAGCCUCAAACCUCAAAUGUGAGCGGUACGGAGUCCUAGAAUACAGCGAAAUGCCAGAAUCACUGACCACGGCUAAAGAUAACUCCGGACAACUCCAAUUUCGAGCAGCCCAUAUUUGCAUCAAUAUGUUCUCCGUGCAUUAUUUAGAAAAAUUGACAGAUUUGGAUUCCCAGCUGGAGUUUCAUCCUGCUGUGAAGCGGAUCCCACACAUGCGAAAAACGUCUGGUAUUUGGGAGACGGUCAAUCCAGCGAGGCCGAAUGGAAUUAAACUUGAGCAGUUUAUCUUUGAUUCAUUUCAAAGCUGCGACUCGGAGAAGGUUGCACUCUUAGAGGUGAGCCGUGAGGAGGAAUUUGCACCUAUCAAGAAUGCUGUCGGUCCAGGUAUUGCAGACACAGUAGCCACUGCUACUGAACUUCUCUUGGCACUCAAACAACGAGUGAGCGCUUUAACACCAGAAAUAGGUGCAGUGAGCAAGGGGUUCGCGCUUCUCAAAGCGUAUGCUGGAGGCGCCACUGAGAGCGCAACUUCAGACCUUGUGAAUCUUAGCAUUGAAUAAUCUAUUCCUUUGAGUUGGCCCAAUUUCGUGAAGUAGGGACUUCUCGAAGUCUGGAGGAUUGCAGGAUGAUAAAGUGAAAUGACUUCACCGCGUAUUGUCGGAGUCGAUUCCAGCGACUAUGAUUGGCUUCCUCAUUUCGGAUUGUGAAGUGGUACCUUUUUUGUCUGUCACGUGCUGGCAUCUGAAAGGAUUAGUUCGGGCAGAUUCUCUUGGCCUUGAAGAUCGGCAAGUCAUGAUUUAGGCUAGUAUUAGUCGUUAGGCAGCAACGAUGCCUUGAAAACUUGGAAGAAAAACGAGUGUUGUGGACUACUGGUCAGACUCUAGAUACGUAGCUAUUAAGUCUACAUAUUGAGGAUUUCAAAAACUUUGCGUACGUUGAAUUGUUGGUAGAAGACAUCUGACAUGACUGCUUCAGUAUAACUGAGUAUUUUGAUUCAACCACUGCUGAGUUCUCAUUCUGUACUUGAUGAACGUGGCUCACUGUGAACCUGCAGAAAUCUUAAACGUGUUGCUGCAGCAAGCAUGCUCAACCGCGGUUGAUCAUGUUUUCAGCAGCAUCCAGGGUUCUGAUGUA